GGCUGGAGUAGCCACCAUUUUGCAUGUCUAGUGUGUUCCUCCCUCCAUUGCUAAUAGAGACGAUUCCAGCUAUUUUCUGGCAUCAUUACGGCUAAGAAUGCCAGCUCCGAUCAGACUGCGGGAGCUGAUCCGGACUAUCCGGACAGCAAGGACCCAGGCAGAGGAGCGCGAGAUGAUCCAGAAAGAGUGCGCUGCUAUCCGCUCGUCCUUCAGAGAGGAAGACAAUACAUACCGUUGCAGAAAUGUGGCAAAGCUACUUUAUAUGCACAUGUUGGGCUACCCGGCACACUUUGGGCAGCUGGAGUGCCUGAAGCUGAUCGCGUCCCAGAAGUUCACCGACAAACGAAUAGGUUAUUUGGGAGCUAUGCUGCUGUUGGACGAGAGGCAGGAUGUCCACCUACUAAUGACAAAUUGCAUUAAGAAUGACUUGAAUCACAGCACACAAUACGUCCAGGGCCUGGCUCUGUGCACUUUGGGCUGCAUGGGUUCCUCAGAAAUGUGUCGCGAUCUGGCCGGGGAGGUAGAGAAGCUGCUCAAAACAUCCAACUCGUACUUGAGGAAAAAAGCGGCGUUGUGUGCGGUUCACGUCAUCAGGAAGGUUCCAGAACUGAUGGAAAUGUUCCUUCCAGCCACAAAAAACCUGCUGAGCGAGAAAAACCAUGGUGUUCUCCAUACAUCAGUUGUCCUCCUGACUGAGAUGUGUGAAAGAAGUCCUGACAUGCUGUCCCACUUCAGAAAGAAUGAGAAGCUGGUUCCACAGUUGGUGAGAAUCCUGAAGAACCUCAUCAUGUCGGGAUACUCUCCUGAGCAUGAUGUGUCAGGAAUAAGCGACCCUUUCCUGCAGGUGCGGAUAUUGAGACUACUGCGGAUUUUAGGCAAGGGUGAUGAUGACUCCAGUGAAGCAAUGAAUGACAUUCUUGCACAGGUUGCAACGAACACAGAGACGAGUAAAAAUGUAGGCAAUGCGAUUCUCUACGAGACUGUACUGACCAUAAUGGACAUCAAGUCGGAAAGUGGACUGAGGGUCUUGGCCAUUAACAUACUUGGUCGCUUCCUUCUUAACAAUGACAAAAAUAUAAGAUACGUGGCAUUGACAUCUCUAUUAAAGACGGUACAGACGGACCACAAUGCAGUGCAGAGGCAUCGGAGCACCAUUGUGGAUUGUUUAAAAGACCUGGAUGUAUCCAUCAAGAGACGUGCAAUGGAGCUGAGCUUUGCUCUGGUGAACGGGAACAACAUCAGGGGCAUGAUGAAGGAGCUGCUCUACUUCCUGGACUCCUGUGACCCGGAAUUCAAAGCAGACUGCGCAUCAGGAGUCUUUCUAGCUGCAGAGAAGUAUGCCCCUUCGAAAAGAUGGCACAUAGACACCAUUAUGAGAGUCCUGACAACAGCAGGGAGCUACGUGCGAGACGAUUCUGUUCCCAACCUCAUCCAGCUCAUCACCAACAGCGUGGAGAUGCAUGCCUACACAGUGCAGAGACUCUACAAAGCACUGCUGGACGACAUCUCACAGCAACCUCUGGUGCAGGUGGCGUCUUGGUGCAUAGGGGAGUACGGAGACCUGCUCGUGUCCGGACAGUGUGAGGAGGAGGAGCCCAUCCAGGUGACUGAGGAUGAGGUCCUGGAUGUGCUGGAAGGCCUCCUGGUGUCCAACCUGUCUACACCUGUGACUCGGGGUUACUCCCUCACCGCCAUCAUGAAGCUGUCUACUCGCUUCAGCAGUGUUAACCGGAUCAAGAAGGUGGUCUCAAUAUAUGGCAGUAGCAUCGAUGUGGAGCUACAGCAGCGAGCUGUGGAGUACAACGCUCUUUUCAAGAAAUACGACCACAUGAGGCCAGCUCUCCUCGAGCGAAUGCCCAUUAUGGAGAAAACUGCUACUAAUGGCCCCACAGAGAUUGUGCAGACAAACGGGGAGACUGAGCCCUCUGUUGUGGAAACGAAACAUCUACCACCUGUCACCCAGCCAGCCAAUCAGGCUAAUGAUUUAUUAGACCUGCUGGGUGGUAAUGAUGUGCCAGUGAUCCAGACCACCAUGCCCACCAAGCCUGCCUCAGCUGGAGGAGAGCUGCUGGACCUCCUGGGCGACCUCUCACUAAGUGGUGGCCCAACCCCAGCUCCUGCUCCUUCUGUUCCCUCCUCCCAACCCUCUUUCCUCCUGGACGGCCUCACCUCUCAGCCCCUGUUUAAUGACAUAGCAACUGCAGCUAUUCCUCCGAUGACGGCAUACAACAAGAACGGCCUAAAAAUAGACUUCACAUUUGAGAGAGCUAAUCCCAAUCCAAAUGUCGCCGUCAUCACCAUCCAUGCUUCCAACUCGGCAGAUGCGGACAUGACAGAGUUUGUUUUUCAGGCUGCAGUACCAAAGACAUUCCAGCUGCAGCUCCUCUCCCCUAGCAGUAACGUUGUCCCAGCACUCAACCAGGGAACUGUCACACAGGUCAUCAGAGUGCUCAACCCACAGAAGCAACAGCUACGAAUGCGGAUCAAGCUGACGUAUACCCUCAAAGGCUCGCCUGUGCAAGACCUGGCUGAGGUUAAUAACUUCCCCCCUCAGUCCUGGCAGUGAUGAGCUGCUUCUGUUGCCCCUAAAAGCCCCCCACCAAGGGAACUAUGAAAAAGAUUUUUCUUUCACCUCCCUCCUUUCUUCCGACGGACCCUCCUGUGACGUCACUGCAGUCAGCUGCCCUCCAGUUGCAUGGGAAACGGCAGAGCAUCUAACACAGGAGAGAGAUACAGAUGUUACGAAGACCCUAUUGACUAUUGACAUCACCAGAUUAAUUGGGAAAACAUAUCAAUCACUGAACUUUCUCUUUUUUUCUUUCUUAAUUGGUUUCCAUGAUGUCUUUUGUGUAGUAAUACACCCUCCGCCCAAAAGCAUUACCACACACAAAAGCACACAUGCACACCAUUUACUGUGGCACACUUCUCCUCUCAAGUCACUGUAGAGAAAACACGUUGUCCACUUUGAGCACUGCAGUAACCAUAGUUUUAAUUUAUAAUUUAGCUCCAAUGCAGUUGAAGCAUUUUGCUCCAUUGGUAUUUAUGAUUGGCUUUCCUUUCAGUAUAUAUGAUGGCAGCAGAAAACGCUUUGAAAGGUCUACUUAGUGCAGUUGUAACUCCUCUCCGCACCAUCAGUGAUAUAACUUGUCAGAGAGUUGUAUUCAUUUUGAAUUACAUUAAUUUGCUUAAAGCAUGUUUGAGCAUUUGUAGGAUCACAUCACACCUGACUCGAGCUCGGAGGGGAACUUCAGGUUCUGGUAGUAGGCGUCUUUAUCCUAUGUUUCUAUAGGAAGCAGUCUACAUUGGUUUUGUCACAAUGAUAAGAGCAUAAACACAUCCAACAUGCCCACUUUGAUCACCUGCGGCUGGUUUUUCAGAGAACAUGCUCCAGUUUUUCCCACACGGCUCUCCUGAAAUCAUCUCAUCUGUAGCUUUUAGUUAAAGAUCUGUAUAAUAAAUCCUACGGUUAAUUGCUUUGCAUAGUUUGGGGAGGUUUAUUCAUUAGGAUGGAUUUCAUCCAGAUCUGAAAUGUAUCUGAAGAUAAGCUGAUCGCAUUUUGUGUUUAAAAUCUGCGUAUAAACUUGUCCUGCGUUUGUCUCUUCCGAUACAUUUCAGAUGUGUUUUCUCCUGGUUGAGCUUAGUCACCAUGCACAUACAUGUAAAUGAAGCCUGUUAUGAAUGUAGUUACAUGCACUGAAUGCUUUUCCCCCCCUCAUGUCUUCUUUCUCAUGGCUGUCUUCUUUAGGGAUGUUCAUCUUAAUGGCACUAUUUUUGUGAAGUAUGUUUUAUUUCUGCAGUAAUUUGACUUAAUUAUUUAUGCCUGAUAUCAAAGUGAUGUGCCUUUCUGACUUGGCUAGAUAAAAGCCCCUGAACUAUUGAGUUCUGUAUGAGCUUCGUUUGUAAGUCCGCUUGUGCGCUGAUCGUGUUUUCGAUCUGAGGGAAAUGGUCUUGAUGAUUUUGAUUUUGAAUCACCUCAUAUAAUAAGUUAAACCUUUUCACUUCUUUGUCUCAUAAUUAGGUUAUAAUCAGUCACCAACUUAUAUUGGACUACCUUGAUGUCUAUUUGUCAAAAAAACGUAAUUAUAGCUACACAAUCUUGAUUGCUAUACUGUGGCAGACUUUCCAUUAGAAAUGCCUGUUGGAUGAUAUUGAUAAAAAUCCUAAAACAAAGCAAACCUCAAAGAUUAUGGCAGCUAAAUAGAUGUAAACAUUUGAUAGGCUGCCAUCAAAGUGUUUGUAAACCAGUAUAAAGUACUGAAGUGUAAAAUCAUUAAGGUCCCCCGUCAGACACAUGUCGAAGUGUGAGUUUGCAUCACUUGGAGAGGUACUGUGACGGGUCGUUCUGUGGUGACUCUCGUCUUCAAAUCAGAAUUCUGACCAUGCUGUCGUGGACAGUAACCUUAAUACCUCACAAUGUUAUCUCUUUCUGAUUACUUUCAGUUGUAUUGGGUUGACAGCUUUGUUUAGUCAUACAUUGCAAUCAAGGGGAGCAUCUGCAUGAGAAACUAAUGUUAGUUAUUCAUGUCAUUACUUCAGACCAGCAGCCCUGCGAUGCUGUGUUGAGAUCCUCAGAUGUUCAAUCAGGCUGUAUACUUCUUUUCACUAUGCUUCACUAUCUCCUUACGUCUGUGACCAAAUCAGAGAGACUAUUAGCUUUGGAAAUAUUUUUGAGCUAUGAUAUGUGUAUAUGGAGGAAAUUAUUUCAGUUUUUCUGUUGACAAAUGCUAUAUUGGCUUUUUUUCUGUAUAUAUUGAGGGCUUUUACAAUUUUGUCUCUUGUACUAUCUUUCAUCAUUUUUUUUUAGAUACCAUUUUCUAAAAUUACCAAUUAUUCACAAUGUAUAUUGUCUAAAUUAAUCUAGUCACCAUUAGUCUAUAAAGACUUCCCUGUAUCAUCACACUCUCAUUGUAAAAGAUAUAUGAUCUGCUGCCUGUACAUUGUAUAUAGUUGUAAAACAAACAAAAGCCGAUCAAAUUAAAUAAAACCCACAUGAAGAUUAGCUAGGAAGUAUAAUUGUAUGCAUAUAUGUACAAAAAGAACCUUAAAAGGAUGCAAUUGAGCUGCAUUUGAUUUACAAUUCUUCCUACUUCAUUCAUGAUCGGAUGUGUCAUCUUUACUUCUUUUACAAAGAUGGGAGGCUGUUUGUCGGGGUUCUAUUGGAUAUUGAAAUGAGGGAAGAUCUAUCGUAACAGAUGUUGUCUGAAUGAUGUACUGUACUACUGAGAAACCUAAGCACAGUGUUGCACAGCAGCAGAAGUGGCACCUUUCUUCAUCUGCUUCCCUCCCCCUAAACGCCUCCUGUAUCCGCACCCUCCUGAGAAGAGGAGAAGGUUUCUUGUCUCGAUGUAACUCUUUCUUUGGGUCUAAUGUGUUUAGUGUUCUGCACUCUUGACUAGUCCAACUAUCAAACUCCCCUCGACCUACAAAAUAUUUUGUGAACUGAUGCCCUGUGGUUCUGGCAUGAAAGCUGUCGUGGUUGCCUGGUAACCUUGUUGUCUGCCAUGUCCAGCACUUUUUCUAAAAGCAUUUUGUUUCAAUAAUGCCACUCUAGGAGAAUUCUAACCUCACUGUGAUUUAUUUUCCCCAGUUUGGUCAGAUUUCAAUUCACGAGUUUUGUCUGAAAAGGAGCUGGUUGAAGUUGUAUUAUAUGCUAAGUGGUUUCAGAUGUGUAUGUUGGAGCAGCAGUGUCCUUUCCAUGUCUGGGUCUGAACAGUACCUGGCUUUCUCAUGGCUUUUUUGUAUUACUCUCUUCUCGUCUCGCUGAUGUUAUUUGCUUCUGUGUGACAGACCUUUCAGUUUUUCUUUGUACUCACUGCAGGAGGAGCUGUAACGCAUCAUGUCUGAGCCCUUAUUUUAAAUUCAACUUCACAUGGCGGUUAAUCAUGACAUGAGAGAGGAAGGCAAUGGAUUGUUGUUUUAAUGUUACUACCUUUUUGAUUUUGUGUUAUUAGUGUGCUGCUUUACCAGCCCCAAAACAAGCCUGUGCUACAAGCUAAAAACCACAAGGGGGAGCUGUGCAAAACAGAUGGAAAAUGAAGUUUCAUACAUCUAAUCCUGAAUGUUUUGGUUGGUGUUGUUUGUAUUGUCUUCUUCAACAAGUAUGUAUCCAUGUUAAUCACAUCUGAUCAGCUCUUUCAAUGAUACCGUAAAUCCAUGCAGUUUCUAAAUGUACAAAUGGAAAUAAUGAACCCAACAUAAGUGCUUUGGACAAUUGUAACUCAAAAGGAAGAAAAGAAACGGAAACAAAUACCCAUCAGCGGUGUGAUCAGUGUGUGUGUGUGUGUGUGUGUGAGUGUGUGAAUGAUUGCGAAACAGAGAAAAUAAUCAUGCUUGAUAAGAGCGUGAUAGCCUGCGACAUGUCUUUUAUCUAGAUAGGACAUGAUUUUUGGCUGCAAUUUCAACUUUCAGCUUCUGAGCUGCAUGUGAAAACCAGUGUAAAUAACGUCAUUUCUACACUUGACCUGAGACUCUUUUUUGAAAUGCAAGAAAAGUUUGAAUUAUAAAGUCUGUCACACCAGAUUCAUGGGUCAGUACUAACAUGUACAAUAGGAAGUUGUUCAAAUAGUGCUCACAAUGCUGUUAUUGUUUUUAAGAAUGAUGAAAAUGCACAUCCGUCAUUUGGAUAAUUGGAUACCUAAUUUUUUUUAUGGCUUAAUCUGUGUAAAGGGCUUGGGAGAGCAUCUGUAUUGCCACCCAUGUUCACUUUCCCUGUUGAAUCAAAAAAAGUGCAUCCAUUGUAUUUUGAAAACAAAAUCUGUUUGUUACUCCCCCGGCCUGUCCUGACUGUAAAACAAUAUGGUGUCUGAUUUGUUGGGGGAGGGUGAAGGCAUGAGGUUCACUUCUUUCAGUCAACGUUGACAUGUUGAACUGAAUCUCAGUUCCAUGGCUUCAAGGUGAGUGUGUAUGUCAGACUGAAAGUAUGAAAUGAUGAUUAAAGAUGAAAAGUUGUAAACUAUUAAAUGGGAUAUUUUCAAUUUA